GCGCUGAAGGACCCCGAAACCUUGAAGCCCGCUCCCACGUGGGGACAGGAUAUUCUGACGUUUAACACCUGGAUGUGAAGGCAUCUCUGCCGCUGCCCGCUGCCAAAAAAGGUGGAGUGGGCGUGCAAGUGCAGUGGAAGUGCAGUCAGUGGAUGCGCAGCUCAAUAUCACGCCCUCCGCUCGGAAUUCCCUCCCCAGAAUCAAAGAAACGAAGUUCGAGACAUCAGAUUUAUCCUCUCGGCAGUCAGAAGCCCAGACCCAAGAACCAGGAACCAGGAAAUAUCGUUGUCCUGCUUCCCCCGAAGCUUGUCAGCAACUUUUUCGGUCGGCCUUGAUCCACACCCUUCAGCCCUAUGCGAUUGUAGAACAACUUCACAAUGGAGACCUCGACCGACCAAUCCCCGCGAUCGAUCAGUCCCCUCAAGGUCCCGCGGAAGAGGAAGAGGAUUGUCAUCUCCUGCACGGAAUGCCAUCGACGGAAACAAAAGUGCGAUCGCGCAUCGCCGUGCUCGAAUUGCCUUGCCAGGAACAAGCAAUCCCUCUGCCACUACGAGAACGAAUCUGCGAGGAAGCAGCAGCUGCUGGAGGAGAGCGUCAAUAGAGCUGCUGAGGACGGCGGGGUAUACAGCGUCAUCAAACCGGCAGAGUCCAACACCGCGGCACAGUUCAGUGCUUUUGGUUAUGCAAAGUCGAACGGGAACAACAACACCACGCUCGGCAUAUUCAAGAAGAUCGAAGACAACGAUACCAACGGCGCUCUGAUAUCGAGCUUGCAUUCGACCUCAGGUGAUCAGAGUGGGUUGCGAGAGGAGUACAAGAGUCUGAUCAGACAGCUCCCUGCCAAACCGUUUAUCGAGCAACUGGUUACAACCUACUUCCAGGAGGUCAAUCUGCAAUAUUAUCCCUUGGACGAGGGCAUAUUUAGGGAUCUGUUGAAGAGCUGGAAUAACCUAUCUUACUCGGCGCUCAAUAAAGGACCUCUGGAGCUGUCGGGUGAUCUACAAUUCUUCCCUGGCCUGUUGUUCCAAAUCCUGGCAUUGGCUCUGCAAUUCCAGCCUCCCGACUAUGACCCGAGUCUCGACUCACUCAAAUAUGCAGCCGCAAUGUCCUUGGACGACCUAGCGACGGAUUACAGCAAAUCGGGCAGCCAAAUACUCUGUCUGCUUGGAAAGCGCAAUACGACACUGGUCGCAGUACAAGCUGGGUUUCUACGGACACAAUUCAUGAAGAAUUGCGGGCUUGUUCCUGAGAGUUGGCACAACCUCUCUCAGACGAUUCGAGACGCACAAGAAAUCGGUCUACACAAAGAAGUCUUCGAUCACAGACGGAAGCCGGAAACGACACCGGAGGAGGUCCUGGAAAACUUAUGGUUUGAACAGCUCCGACGGCGGGUGUGGAUGCUCCUUUCGCUAUGGGAUAUACACAUGGCGGUGGUACUUGGACGGCCAGCAACAAUCGAUAGUCGAGAUGGAAAGCCGGCCUUCCCAAUCGAUGCUCCUAUACCUAAGAAUCGAAGGGAGGUAGCACCAGCACCACGAACAGACAACGACCCUCCAACUCCCUUGACGAUGCUUCUUUGGAACGUUGAAGUUAUAACACCCCUGUGGGACAUCUUCAAUCUAGAGAAAGAAGAUCCUCGUCAAAACAAUAUCGCAAAAGUUGAAAAAAUGCACACACUUCUCGGCCAAAUAACCAUGCACUGCCCCCCAUUUUUCCGACAUCAAAACCCAGACACCACCUUCGACCACCUCCCCGAAUGCAGUUGGCUCCCAGCAGCACGCCAAAACUUCCGUAACGCAACAAACUUUACAAUAAUGGCCCUCCAUCGACCCUACAUCUUCACCAACCCCUCAUCUCGCACCGCAGCCCUGAAAGCUGGUCUCGAGAUCCUGCGAGCCCAACGCACAUUCUUCAACCUGAUCAAGGUAAAUCAUUACAAGAUGUUCGCUCUUGUUCUUAACACCUUCGAUGCCAUCAUCCUCUGCUCGGCAAUCUACAUCUUACACCCUAGCGAAAAUGGCGAAGAUCUAGACGACGUUUUGCAGCAUUUCAACUUCUGCAUGGAGCGCUUCGAGACAAUUUCCCCGAGAAAUAGCAUGGCGAACGAUGCACUCAGCGUUCUAAAGGCAAUUCACGUGCGUUUAAAACGGGCUCUGAUUCAAGCAAAAUAUCCCGUUAAUCCUCUCCCAACACCUGCUCCGUCCUCAACUUCAGCGUCGAACAACGAAUCUCCGCCUGAGCCGAGAAUCAAGGAGGAAUUUCCUGCUAAGCUUCCGGAGCAGAAGAACACCGCAACAGCGACGCCCUACAACCUCCCUACAAUCUCAAACCUCACGACCUCGGCCCUGCCUCCUUCAGUUCCCACACCCGGGACAUCCAACGCCUGGUACGCCUUCUCAGCUCCUCUCCCUACCCCAUUUCAAAAUCAGAACUACGAUUUCAGCUCCAUAGCGCCGCUACAGCCAAUGCACGAUCUGCUGUUCAACGACCUAGGGACCGUGGACGGAGGUGGAGGUCUAGAUUUGAGCGGAGGCGCUGCUCUGGAUGCAGGCUGGAAUGGGUUUGAGGGUGAUUUUGGCAACGAUAGUUUUUGGGGGUUUAUGAAUAGCUAUCAUCCUUGA